ACCUUGUCUUUUAACAUUCGUUAAAUCAUUUUGUUUAUGAAAUUAAGCAAGUAUGUACGGAAAUGUUGGGUCAAUAACUAUCUGCUCUGUGUAAUUCAAAUGGUUAAAAAAAACCCAACUAUUUGGAACUGGCUGUUUAGUCCUCAUCUGUUUUAUAUUUUGAAAAGCACCAGAGGAAGUGACUCUUUAAUCCCCCCUGACUCGACAGCUUUGAGCGCAGUUUCUCUUUAAGUCUACCAGUGUGGAUGGAACCCCGGCUGGUAGCAUAUUUUCUCUAUUGUAACAUGUAAUCGUAUGGACAUUUAUUUAACACGUCGUGUGGUGUCCAGAGCAGGACAGCGGCCGGGGACAAAUGUGGACACUGCUGCUGCCUCUGUCUCUCUGCCUACACUGCCCGGGAAUGAAUCGGUCAUAUUUUCUUCCUGAGACUCUUCCUCACAGCUAGAACCAACCAUUAACAUUCAUCUGUCAAAAUGAGGAUCUUCGUGUCUCUGCUGAAGAACACCAACCCUAGGAUCGAGUAUUACUCCAAGUUUUCUCCAUCACCACUCUCUAUAAAGCAGUUUCUGGAUUUCGGCACAAACAAUGCGUGCGAGAAAACGUCCUAUAUGUUCCUGCGCAAAGAGCUGCCUGUGCGUUUGGCCAACACACUGAGAGAAGUCAACCUCCUGCCUGACAACCUGCUCAGUCAGCCGUCUGUCAGACUGGUUCAGAAGUGGUACAUGCAGAGUUUUGUGGAGCUGCUGGAUUAUGAAAAUCGAAAGCCAGAGGAUCGUCAUGCUCUGAAUGAUUUCCUGGAACUGUUAAUUGAAAUCCGUAAUCGUCACAAUGACGUCGUGCCCACCAUGGCACAGGGAGUCAUUGAGUACAAGGAGAAGUUUGGCUUUGACCCCUUCAUCAGCAGCAAUAUCCAGUACUUCCUGGACCGCUUUUACACCAACCGCAUCUCUUUCCGCAUGCUCAUCAACCAGCACACUCUGCUGUUUGGAAAUGACACCAACCCUGCUCAUCCCAAACACAUCGGCAGCAUAGAUCCAACCUGCAGUGUGGCUGAAGUUGUCAGUGACGCCUAUGACACGGCCAAAAUGCUGUGUGAGAAGUACUACAUGUCUGCUCCGGAGCUGAAGAUCGAGGAGUUUAACAUGAAGACCCUUAAUAAGCCCAUCCAGGUGGUGUAUGUGCCGUCUCAUCUGUUCCACAUGCUGUUUGAACUGUUUAAGAACUCGAUGAGAGCCACAGUGGAGCUCCAUGAGAACAGCAAAGAGGGAUUACCACCAAUAAAGACCAAAGUCACUCUGGGCAACGAGGAUCUCUCCAUUAAGAUCAGUGACAGAGGAGGAGGCGUUCCUCUGAGGAAGAUAGACCGUCUGUUUAACUACAUGUACUCCACCGCCCCGACACCGAGCCUGGAGCCGGGGGCCGUCCCUCUGGCUGGCUUUGGCUACGGUUUACCCAUUUCAAGGCUCUAUGCCCGAUACUUCCAGGGGGACCUGAAACUCUACUCCAUGGAGGGAGUUGGCACAGACGCUGUCAUCUAUCUGAAGGCUCUGUCCAGCGAGUCCUUCGAACGCCUGCCCGUGUUCAACAAGUCGGCAUGGAGACAUUACAAGACCAGCCCCGAGGCCGACGACUGGAGUAACCCCAGCAAGGAGCCACGCGAUGCCAGCAAGUCCAAAUAUAAAACCAAUAGAUAACUGCACCCUGCCUGCUAGCACCGCCAUGAGCUGGGAACCCAUCUGCCUGUACUCUGCCUGUAGUGUAGAGCAUGUUUGAUGAGCUGUUGCCUUUGGGUAAAACGUGGUUCUGGAUCAGACUGGCUUUGACAUUCCACUGAUUAUUGGAUGACCUCGACUUCAGUCCAUACCCAAUGGCAACGGCAUUCAUCAGAGUAGCUUUGUAUCGCUGUGGCGUAAUGUUUGGCUCUCCUAGAGCUUACUCUGAGCCUCUUCUUAAAAUUCCACAUGUUUAUUCCCAUGUUGAAAUGACCAAUUAUCUAUAAAUUAUGGUUAAAUCACAUCGUCAAUCACAAAAUCACUGUUAUUUUCCCCUCUGGCUCUUACUGUAUAUAGUGAGCUGUGGUGCCUGGGCUGCUGUAGUGGUCAGUAAAACACAGGCUACUGAUAAAGUGUCUCUGUUGGCAUCAGUUAAAAUAAAAAGCCUGGAUACAGUUUCUUUUUCAUCUUAAAAAAAAAGAUGAAGUUUCAGUGCAUCCACAGUCAAAAGAGGGGGAUUUAAUUUUGUACUUUUAGUCUUAACACACAUUUAGACCAGUUUGUCAUUAGCUUAGCAUGGACCUCCCAGACAGGGUUUAUUUGUCGGGUUAAAAGCGGGCGAGAAAUGACACAAGAGCAACCAGGAACCAUGUGGCAAAAUAAAGACAUGCUGGCUGGUUUCGUAUGGUUGUACCUUAUUUAACUGAAUAUGAAAAUAUUAUUUAAGCAGUGGAAAUAUAAGAUACUGAAUUAAGAGGGCAUCUUAUUUAAAAAACAAAAUUGAAAAGGGAGUUUUUUUAUUUUCUUUAGUAAGAAAAGGCCUUCAUUUAAUAAACAUAAUAAUAUGUAUUAUUAUUAUUAUUAUUAUUUUAAAUAAUCUUCCUUUAAGGCCUUAUCAGAACUUUAAGUUCAUUCAUUGUAAUAUUAAAAUGUUUCUGCUCUUAGAUGUUUUGCCUGUCACCCACCUCCCCCCUCUCUCCCGCUCCCCCAUGUCCCAACUUCCCUCAGGCAGACAACUUUGCACCUUGAUUUAACACCCGCUCAGAUCGGCACAUUCGUAGAUGCUUCACUGUGAAAUAGCUUCAGCAGCACCAGUGUGACGUAUUGAACAAGUCCUGAUACAGAAGAAUAGACCUCAUAUACGGAACAAAGACUUUAUUAGAAAUGUCAUUAUUUUCAUUGUGUUGGGAUGCACUCAGCUCAGACUUCUUGUCCAAACACUGCUUCACACUGUGGGCGCUGUGUUUCUCAUGUAGGUCUAUUAACACCUCAACUUUUUAUGGUUAAAUUUAAAUAUGUGUUUUCAGUGUUGGGCAAGAACACCUUUAGUUUUACCACUUAAAUGAAGAGGUAGUAUGUCGGUGACAGGCUCUAUUUUAUUCAUCACUUAUUUUCCUUUUGCGUUCAAGUUCCGAUGUGAGAACAGGGUUAUUUUUUUCUUUUAUCACUUUUAAUGUAAUGAAGAAUGUCUUUUAAUUGUUCAGGACUUUAAUUGUUUGGUUACAGUUGUGACUCAAAUGAACAAGGGUUUCAAGGGUGAGUGCGUUUAGAUGAGCUGGACUCCAGAGAAAUGAAACCGUACGUGAUUACUGUGACAGCCCAUAAUAACAUGGAGGUUGGUAAGCAUCGUGUGCAGCUUUAUUAUUGCACUCUACGGAGUCUGACAUAUAUUUUCCAUGAAAUAUCUGUCACCCAGAAAUUUAAACUACACAGAUAUUUUGUUAAUAUUGAAGAUCUAACAGAAACGUGACAGAACACUGAUGAUGUCACUGACCUGAAGUGAUUUUCUUUUCUCCUUCAGCUCCAUCUGAUGGGUAAGGUGUUUAGAAGGAAGAAAAUAUGAAACGUUCUUCAGUGUGGACAGUUUCCCCUCCUUCUGUAGGUUCUCUGCUUUUCUGCCUCACUGUGCGUUUCAUCACUGCCAACGCCCCUGUAACCUGCCACAGUCGCUGAUUAAGGCUCAGUGACACGCCUGCUGUAACACAACCAGUGUUCUCCACUAGGACGGAGACGCUGGUCUCCUGCGUUCAAAAGCCUUACAUGUGUUGUGAGGUCUUGUAAAAUAGGAACUUCCGGAAGGAUCCUUCCAUCUUGAGUGCGACAUUUUUCUGUACCUAUGUUCCAGAAAUACUAUACUGUAUAUUUGAGCCCGAUCAUUGUGUACAGAACACUGUUUAUGCAGAUGUGAGAUAAUCAGUGUUUUCCAUCCAACUGAUCCACAGUUUAAAACCAUGUUCUCAGUCGUGCACAUACUGAAUAAGUAACACACACCGAACAUGUAAUACAACGUACCAAUGCCAUUGUGACUCUGCAUGAUCAUAUUCUAUUGUUAAACAUGACAAUAAAGAAAACUGCUCUUGUGUUUAA